CCUCGAUUGCUGAAGGAAUGAUAGGACAAUAUCGAAGAAAUAAAGAGCAGUAGUAUCAUACACACGUGUGCACAUAUAUCACAAUCGAAAAUGUCUUUUAAGAUAGAACAGGAUAAUCUGACCUACAAUACAGCAAGGCCUUGCUUGUCUUUGAAAAAAAAAAUUAUGCGUCGAUCAGCUGGCCUGCUGAAUUCUUUGAAAAGAACAUUCAGCACUCAUGUGUCUGACAAUCGACUUGACGCAUUGCGUCAAGCAAUGACGUCCUCAACUGAAAAGAUUGAUGCUUUUGUCAUUCCGUCUGAAGAUGCUCAUCAGAGCGAAUAUACUGCCGAGUGUGACAACAGACGCGCGUGGAUUUCAGGCUUUACGGGUUCAGCAGGCUGUGCCGUCGUAAGUCAGGAUUGCGCAGCUUUGUUCACGGAUGGACGAUAUUUUCUGCAAGCGUCACAGGAACUCAGUAGCGACUGGCAGCUAAUGAAGCAAGGGAUGCCCAAAGUGCCAACAUGGCAGGAGUAUCUUGUCAAAAACUUACCCAAAGGUUCUCGCAUCGGUAUCGACCCUGCUCUCAUGACCAUCGAUAACGCUACCGCACUUGAAAAGGAACUAGCCUCGGUAGGCUCGCAGCUAGUUCCUGUGCAAGAAAAUCCUGUAGAUCGUGUCCGCAAAGAUAGACCCAAACGGCCCACCCAUCCAAUUUAUAGGCACAACCUCAAGUACGCUGGCAAGAACCGUGAAUCCAAACUACAUGACCUACGUGUGACUCUAACACAGCGUGGCUACGACGGUACAGUCGUUUCGGCACUGGAUGAAAUUGCUUGGCUCUUGAAUUUGCGCGGCUCCGAUAUCCACUGCUGUCCCAUUUUCUUUGCGUACUGCGUGGUGAGCAGGGAGGAUACCGUACUCUAUGUCGCAAAUGCGGAUGAGCGGAUGUCGUCUGAACUGCGCGCUGAGCUCGACGCUCAUGUGCAAAUUAAACCCUACGACUCUAUUUGGGAUGAUCUCAAGCACCAAAACGCCUCCAAUAGACGCUUUAUGAUCGAUCCGACAUUGACAAAUUUAUCAAUAGUGCAAGCUCUAGGUGGGCAGGAUAAAGUGGGGUUAGAACCAUCACCCGUCGCAUUGACCAAAGCAAUCAAGAAUGAAGCAGAGUUGAACGGGAUGCGAGAGGCACAUAAACGCGAUGGCGUAGCUGUGUCAAAGCAUUUUGCAUGGUUAUCGGACCAAUUACGUAACAAACGCGAACGUUUGUAUGAGGCGGAUGCUGUUCAACAUUUGGAGGAUAUGCGUCGGCAGCAUGAUACCUACGUCGGAAUAUCUUUUGAUACGAUUGCUGCAACUGGACCUAAUGGCGCAAUCAUCCAUUACAACCCUUCACCGACUCAUUCGGCUAUCAUUGAUCCACAACAAAUGUAUUUAUGUGAUUCAGGCGCUCACUAUAUUGAUGGAACAACCGAUAUCACGCGUACGUACUUGUUCGAUGGGAAACCUACGGAUUUUCAAAAACGGGCAUUUACACGGGUGAUGCAGUCGCAUAUUGCUGUAGAUACAGCCACUUUUCCCCCAGGUGUCACAGGCUACCAACUUGAUUCCAUUGCUAGACAACCACUGUGGAAAGAUGGUCUUGACUACCGUCAUGGUACUGGACAUGGCGUUGGCGCAUAUCUUAACGUUCACGAAGGCCCUCACGGUAUUGGUAGUCGCCAAGCAUAUUCCAAGGUUCCAUUUAAACAAGGAAUGGUGGUUACAAAUGAACCUGGAUAUUACCAAGAUGGAGAAUUCGGCAUACGCCUAGAAAACGUACUGAUCGUCAACGAAUCAAAAACUGCGCCUUAUCAUUUUGGUGGUCAUAAUUAUCUUGGAUUCGAACAUGUCACCUUUGUACCAUUUGGAAGACGGCUUUUUGACACAUCCCUACUCAAUGAAGCUGACCGUACCUGGAUUAACAGUUAUCAUCAAGAAUGUCGUCGUGUCCUUGAGCCACAACUCGUCAAUGAUAGUCGUACAUUGAAGUGGAUAGAAGAAGAAACGGAACCUAUUUAAAUUAACAGAAUUGGGCUGCUGCUUAGCCUUAUGUAAGAAACUGAAGAACCAUGCUUUCGAUGGUACUCGCUGUAUUUUAUUGUGUUUAAAGUACAAUGUUUUUUUGUCCGUUUACCUGUCGACAACAAGAUUAAUUUUAAAAGGUUCUGGUGUUGCUGUUGCUGCUGCUACGAGUGGCGCAAGUCCAUCAAAAUCAUGUGUGAUGUUGACAAAGAGAGUGAUACUUAUUUUGAAAGCAAACUUUUAAUG